UAUUUAGCUUUAUUUAUCUUCUUCUAGCAACAAAUUGCGUUAUAUGAACAUACAUUGUUUGUGUCUUUUGUCUUUUAUCUUACAUGACAAUAUUACAUGGCCACUUUCAUAAAGAUUUAAUGAAAGAAAAUAUUAUAUUUACAUGUUUCAAUGUUAGUUUAGUAACACUAAUCAAUAUUUCUACAUAAACCAUGGAUCAGAUGUCUUUGUGUAGUGAUGAACCCACAGAGAAUUAACAAUCAACUCUGCAGUUCCCCUCAGAUCCAUGGAGCUUUUUAGUCUAUUUUGGAUCAUUGUUUUGGUUUUCUGGCCCACAAACGCCGCUCUCAUCAUACUUGUUUACAAAAACAGCAGGCAGCAAAAAGCUCUGAUAAACCCAUUGUACAUUACCGUACCUGUCCAGCACCAAACAGCAGACCAACAAAGUUAGCAGCUAGCUGGUGAACAUAGUGGAGCAUUUAGCUGCUAAAAAGCCAGAAAUUUCCUUCAGGAGCUGGUGGAGACCAAAACAGAACUAAAAGGAGAGUAAGUAUUGGACUGGAUUAUUCAAUUGGCCAGAAACACAACUCCAAAUAAAUGCUAAUGUAGCUGAGUGUCUGCUGGAUGUCAAUGGAAAUGGGCAUUUCGCUAUAACAAUUUUAAAGGUGAUAAUGUGUUUACAUUACAUAUUGUGUUUACAACUAAAUCCACAGCCUCAGACGCUAAAAAAAGUGAAUGCAGCUUUAAACUUCACAUGCAUUCAUUUUAUAUUCAAAACAUAUACUGGAUAAGGCACUUCAUUACUUAGCUACCCAUUUGAAACAUGAUAUGAUAUAUAAUGAAAUGUGUGUAAACGUGUCCAGAAACACAAAUGUUUUAAAAAAGAAUGAAAAAAACCCUCAAGCACAGCACCCAUUCAACUUCCCAUGGCUCUACCAAGUGUUCCCUUUCUCUCACCCCAUCAUAACCCAACUUUAUGAUUCUUAGACAUCUUUUUCCCUUGGUAACUAAAUAGUGAUAUAUAGUAGAGCCAGAAAAGCUUGACGCUUCAUGUCUAAUACAUUGAGAUUAUUCCUCUGCCACAUCCUGUUGCAUUUUGUUUGAUUUGAUGAAAGAGUUUCUUUUGAUCACCAUCUGAUUUGUGAUGUGUUGGAUCAAACGUUGGCAUGAUCAAAAGAGUUUGUGUGAAAUGGGUAGCACUUUUGGAACAUUAUUGUCUUUCAUCUUAAUUUGGUUCAAAUGACCUUCCAUACUUCAGUCUUUCAUCUUGUCACAGUUGUUUUGGUUGACAGAUUUAACAGGUGUAUCAGACAUCUUAUAGAUGAUGACUAUUGAGUUUGAUCAUCAUUAUGAUUUACAAAAAUGGUGUUGAUGAUGACUAGAUUAUGCUGAGGUUGUCUGUUGUGGUAACAAUGAUAAUGAUGAUUCAUGACAAUGAUGACAAUAAUGGGUGGAGGAAAAGUGGAGGAAUGUGCAAAUGAUUUGAUUUGUUUUUAUAUCGUGUUUUUAUCAAUAAAUGCGUUGGACAGUUCACUGGAUCCUUUCUGACCUUUUAACAUGACUUUAUAGAUUAACUGCUGCAGGUUUUUAUUGAUACAUUGCCUAUAUGUGCUGAACUGCACUGCACCCCUCAGGCAUCAGUUCCUCACUAUCCACUAUGCAAACGGACAAGAGAUCAGAUACAAGUGGAGGAUGUCAGGAAUACAGUCAAACGCCACAAAUACUCAUAGGAUUGGGGAAAAAAAAAAAAAAAAGCUAUAAAACGCUACUGGAUAUCUCUCUUAUGACUCUACAUAUACCUAAAAAAUGAAUCCCAUACAAAACACUCAGGGUGGAACGUAUUGAAUAAAUGGACCAACAGUCAUGGGAAAUCUCAAAAUAUGGAGCAAUUGCACAGUAAAUAGCUAUAUGGAAAAUGUAGUUGGCAUUUCAAUAAGUAAGAAGAAUGACAUCAGAUCACAGGUUUACUUCCCUAUUUAUCCCAUAAUCCUUUACAAUUCAGCUGAAGGGCAAAGCCCAUUCCGAAGACUGCAUAGACUUUGAAUGCUAUUUGUAUCUGUUUCCAUUCUAAGCUGAAUGAAAAGAUCAGACAGCAGUCAUGUAACUUAGUGGAGGGGUGCCAGUUCUGCUCAGAGUAAGUGGAUCAUCCAUGGGGUUUCCUGAGACUUGCAUGCACUGCUACAGUAGCUGGGUGUAGGAUUAAAACUGUGGCCUACUACAAAGAAUCGCUACUGCAGCAAGCCAGUAGUCAUUUCAUGGGAGAUCAAAACACUUUGAUAUUAUUUCAGUAACAGUAAUAAUAAUAAAAGCUUUGCAAGCCAAGUCCUGGUCAGAAGGGACAUUUAGGUGGACAGGCAAUGAAAUAACUUCAUGCCUGACGUCUCACUGUCCUCCACCUGUUCAGUGAUCAUACAACAAUACUUUUACAUUUUAAAGUCCCAGAGAGGUCAAAGAUUACAAUCUGAGGAAUGGACAACAAGUGAAUGUAUGUCAAGUAAAAUAAGUGCAGGUGAUGAUUCUUCUUUUGAAACUAAGUGUGAAACGUAAAAUGUCAGCAGUAUGACUCUGUUUUGAACAUACCUGUACCUGAUAAACAUUUCUUAACAGAGAGCAAACAAGCCAGUGUAGAUACUCCGCAGUACAUUAACCAUUCAGUAACAAAAACAGAAGCAUUAAGGAUACCAUCGUAAUGACUGAUGAUGUGAUGUAAAUGUCAGUGAGUGAUACAUCAUUCAGCAAUGUUGAUCAGUUUAUGGGCCUAUUUGCUGACUGCUGACAAAAAAAAAGGAAGAUAGUCUGAUUUAUGGAUAGCAGUGAUUUUCCAAACUGUCCUGGUAGAGAAGAAUAGCCCAGGAACAUUGUGCUCGGUACUAGAACAGGCUAUCAAUGGCAACCUGCAAACAACACCCCUAGUGAUUGGAUCAUUGAUUGGCUUUCUCAUUGGCUGCCUCGGCUGCCAGUCAGCUGAUUCGUUUAAACCCGUGAUUUACGCAGGGUGACUAAUCUUCAUUGAGGUUACAGCCAUAGGAUUGUGUCGCAGCGUCUCCCUGCUGAGGCGCUGACACACAGAGCAUCAGCUGGAAUACACGUUCACUCCGAACACCAGCUCCAUCUUCUUCCCCUUUGCCGCCCAGCAGCGAACGCACGGAGCGACUAAACGUGUAAAUGGAGUUUCAGUCGUUGUCGUGACUGCUCUUCACCGCCUCUCACCCUGCAGAAGACUGCGUUGAAGUUGCUGCAGCAUCCAUACCCGCGCGGCUCUCUCCUUCGCAGACAUGGGAACCGUCCUCUCUAUAUCUCCGGCGACGAAGAAGGCAUCUAUUAUGGACGCCGAGGUCGCAGGAGAUGGACUCAAAAACGACAAGAGCCUCAAGCGGCACUCGAUGUUCGUCUCUCUCUCCUGGAGGAAGCUGGUGUCCAGUUCGGCCAAGAAGAGUGUUAAGAAAGUGACCCCGAAUCCGCUGCCCGCCCGUGAACUCCCGUCCAGUCAGGUGGCUCAGCUCAACAGCGAAAACAUCAGGAAAACGCACCAAACCGAAGAGAAGAAGCCCAAAGCGCCGAUCCCGGUCCCGGUGCCCACGGUCCCCACGCAAAACAAGGAGGCUGGCGCCCAGAACGGGAGGCUUUCCUCGACCCAGAAGCAACCCAACAGUCUGUCUGUGGUGUCACCGAGGCGGAUAGUUAUCCAGGCUUCAACCGGGGAGCUGCUUCGCUGUUUGGGGGACUUCAUGUGCCGCAGGUGUUUUAAACUGAAAGAUUUAAACAGCGGAGAGGUGAUCCUCUGGUUCCGAAACAUUGACCGGACUCUUUUGCUCCAGGGCUGGCAGGACCAAGGCUUUAUCACGCCGGCUAACGUGGUGUUCGUGUACCUGCUGUGCGAAGACACGAUAGCGGACAGCAUCGACAGUCCGGCCGAGCUGCAGGGCACCUUCCAGACGUGCCUCUACCUCGCCUACUCCUACAUGGGCAACGAGAUCUCCUACCCACUCAAACCGUUCAUGAUCGAGUCGAACAAGGACGUUUUCUGGGAGACGUCCCUCCGGAUCAUCAACAGGCUGAGUGCCAAAAUGCUGCAGCUGAAUGCAGACCCGCACUUUUUCACCGAGGUCUUCCAAGACCUCAAAAACCAACGAGACACCUGCGAGUCAAACCUGGACCGCUGACAUGGAAACAACCGAGACACUGGUCUGUGUUUUUUUUUUUUUUAAAGAAAAAAAAAAGAAUGAAUGUUCUGCAAAAUCACAUAACGGUGGUUUUGAAUGUAAAGGCCAACAUCGAAGGCUUCUCACGUCUGGGCUGAAUAUCUCUCUAGUGAUGUAACACAACUUAAGUGUGGUGUUUAGGCUACAGUGUAGGAGAUUUCAUAAAUGCAUGCCAAUGGUAUAUUGUCCUCUUUCGUCUUGUCCCUUGAGUGACGCGGGGACUGACUUCGUGGUACAAAUCACAUCCGAAGUGACACCCAAAUCCCCCGUUUCGGUCACGAUUAGCCUACUCUCUGUGUAAGCAAGUGGAUGUCGCAGUGAGGUGAGGUUCCAGGCAGGACCACAAUAGAUCCGUGUUUGUGAGGAGGCGAAAGGCGGAGCUGUCCGAGGUGCUGACCUGUGCAGCCGUUUCUCCUCCGCUCCCUGCUAUUUGUGUCACUUGGCCACAACAGGAGCCAAGAGCGGCUUAAGUGGACCAAAGUCAGCCCCGAUACACCUAAAGCACAUAAGCCUAAGUCUUGUAAGUGAAGGUAUACAGUAUAUUGUGCUUUUUUAAAUUCUCUACCAGCUGAUAGUUAAGCUGUUAAACAUGCAACAGAUAUCAGAAGCAUGUUACUUUAAGGGGGGGAAACAUAUUACUUGGUAUAAACCUUGACAAACCUUGACUGGAUGCAGAAAAGGAUCUGCUAUAUAAGGUUAUCUUCACACCAGGUUGGAAUAUAGCUGUUUUCAGCUUCUAUUGUGUGAUUAAAACCACCAAUUAAUUCAUAUAAACCACCUCACUUUGAAUGAAAAUACUUUUUUUUUUUUUUUUUUCAUACCAACGUGAUGUUGUAGUGAUGUACCUGUAAGUUGGCCAUUAGUUCAAGUUGAACAUGAGGAUAGGGGGCAGAAAUGUAAAAUUAGUGAAGGGAGUAUCUCCCCCCUGGAAUGUGAUAAAGCGCGCUAAAUGGGCCCAUAGAUGGUCACACAGCCUGAUUAUCAGCCCAAGGCCUCUGUUGUGUGUUGCUUUCCAAUACACUGCAGAGGUCAACAUAACUAGAGACUGAAUGGAAUGUACAGUUUUUCCAAGAGAUUUUUUUUAAUGUGCCAACUAUAAAUACUCUUGGCCUGACACUUUAUGGUUUACAUGUACAUAUUCCAUAUUUUAACAUUGCUCUUUUUUUUUUUUUUGAAGGUGGCUGUACAUGAUGUAGUUCAAGCAUAACAAAAAAAAAAAAACAACCCAAUAGAGCUUAAUGGUCAAAUGGUAUUUUUGCCCUGUUCUGUAAAUGUGCUGCGGGCCUCAGUUUGCUGGGUUCAACUCACUUUCAGUGCACUCAAUUCAGGAAGGAUGUCUCCUCAUACUAAAAUGUAAAUAUUGAAUGUGAAGGUCUCAUUAUUAAGUGACAGAAGACUAUCAUUUGCACACAUCAUUGCAGUUUCUAUAAGUUAAACGCGAAUCUCUGAAACCAAGCUUAUAGGGCAAACCUGACCGUUAUUCUUCAGUAUUAUGCUCCUUCUAAGUGAUCAUUGUGAUGUUGUGUUGUGAACCCAUUGCUUGGAAAGUGGAAUAUAAUGCUGCUAUUUUGCACAGCUGUGAACAAACCUUUGAUGUUUUGCACAGUGGUAUAACAUAAUGGUCAUGUACCAGUGUUUCCUUUCAGGCACUGGAGUGUUUGCCAUUAAGUUUGCAGUUAAUGUCACCAGGUCUCGCUCUAGGAUGACCAUCUGUGAAUUAGAUCUUUUGCACAGUUCAUUUCUCCUAUAUGUCAGCUAUGGAAAGUGAUAUUUAUAUGUGUGUGUUGUCUGUGGUGUUGCACCACAGUUGCAUUCACUCUCUCUCUACAUGUUAAUAAAAGGUCAAUACAGUAAUUGUUUAUGGUGACCAUGAUGAAAUAAAUCCAAAUUUGUGUAGGAUCUCA